GACCGACACACCAAUAUCUCUCCCCUGCUUUUCUUUUUUGUUUCCAUUGCACCGAGCCACUCACUAACCCAAAACUAAAAAGCUUUGGGGGGUGGAAACUUGGGUUCACCCCGUUCUCACCGACUUUGUCUCUCUCACUUACUCAGUCACAGUAAACCCAAGUGUGCCUCUAUCUAUCUAUGCUUUUGUUUAUACCCUCUUUAUAAGUAGCGAUGCAGAGCUUAGCAUUCAGAUUCCCCCCACCACUCUCCCCCAUCUCUUCACUCUUUUUCUCCUUAGAAAGAGAGUGUUACAACUAUAAUUAUAUACUAUACUAUAGUACUACCACUACAUAAAGCAAAGAUUCUGCUUCAACUAUCAUCCCCAUUCUUUAUCCCCUGUUAUCACCUGCACACUAACACACUCCAACUAACAAACAAUGCCUCAAUUCUCACAUCACCGAUACCCUUCUCAAGCUCUCUUCGCCUUCCUUCUCUUCCUCGUAUCCAGAGGGGUUUCAGGGGCAACAUUUACUUUCGUGAACAAGUGCGAUUACACGGUGUGGCCAGGGAUUUUAGGAACACCAGAAAUCGGAGCCACAGGCUUCGAACUCACCAAAGGAAGUUCCAGAAGCUUCCAGGCUCCGACCGGCUGGUCCGGUAGAUUCUGGGGCAGAACCGGUUGCCAAUUCGACGCUUCCGGCAACGGAACCUGCGCCACCGCGGACUGCGGCUCCGGGAAGGUCAGCUGCAACGGCGCCGGAGCCUCCCCGCCGGCCACCCUCGCCGAGUUCACCCUCGGCACGGGCUCCAUGGACUACUACGACGUCAGCCUCGUCGACGGGUACAACCUGCCGAUGACGGUGGUGGCCAGCGGCGGGGCGGGUCCCGGCCCCCCCCCCGGGUGCGGCGCGGAUCUGACCCGGCGGUGUCCGUCGGAGUUGAGAGUGGAGGGCGGCGGCGCCUGCCAGAGCGCGUGCGGCGCGUUUGGGAAAGCUGAGUAUUGCUGCAACGGUGCGUUUAGUAACCCUUCCACGUGUAAGCCUUCUGUGUACUCGCAAAUUUUCAAGUCCGCAUGUCCCAAAGCCUAUAGUUAUGCCUACGAUGAUGCCACCAGCACCUUCACGUGUUCCGGCGCUGACUACACCAUCACAUUUUGUACCUCUUCACCCAGUUUAAAGUCUUCCACGGAUUCGAGUCCAAUGGGAACAGAUUCGGGUUCUUCGGUCGAGCAAUCUGAAUUAGCUUCUACUUCGUGGCUAGCGGACAUGGCUACGGCUACGGCUACGGCUACAGGGGGUGCGACCCAAACACGGCCUUAUGGUACAUCAAAGGUUUCCUUAUGGAUGGUGGUUGUUUUCAUUGUUUCUCUUUUGGUCGAUUAGUUUGUGGGUCCCUCUCGUAGUGACCUCUCAGCGGCAUCCUUAUCUUCCUCUCCUUUCACACAGACACAAACACGAUGAUAACAUUGAUAUGUAGUGAUGAAAAUAAGUAAUAUUUUUAAGAUUGCUAAAUUAUGUAAUAUGUGAAUUAUAAAGUACUAAUAAUUAAGCGUUUCAAUCAUU